AUGGAGGAUUUCCAGCGGCAGCGAGAGGAUCUGGCGCGGGGUUUCCAAGCUUGCGGUGACGAGGGAUCGGCAGACGCGCUUGCGCAGGGCAAAUUUCUUCACUCCCAGGCCGCUCGCCUAGGCCUUGAUCGCGACGAGCUUCUUGCCAAGAACAUCGUCCACAUGUACCUCCGGUGUGGAUCCAUCCCCGGCGCCAGGCAGGUCUUCGACAAUCUCCACGAUCGCGAUGUGAUCCUCUGGACCGCAAUGAUCACGGCAUAUGCCCGGAACGGGGAUUUCCAGCAGGGAAUGGCGCUACUCCGGGCGAUGCUGCUCGACGGCGUGGCUCCAAACAAGAUCACGAUCUUGGCCGCGCUGGGGACGACCGAUUGCGUAGUGGAGUCGCGAUCGAUCCAUAGAAUUCUCGCGGUGGAGAGCGGAUUGGAGUGGGAUGUGAGCGUCGGGACCGCGAUCGUGAGCAUGUAUUGCCGCUGUGGUAGCCUCGAGGACGCGAUCGAUCACUUCGAGCAGAUGCCAGUGAAGAACGUGGUGACGUGGAGCGUCGCCAUGGCCGGUUGCAAGGAGCUCCAUCGCCCGGAGCUCGGGCUGGAGAUCUUCCGGGGGAUGCUGCUCGAGGGCGCGGCAGUGGACAAGAUCACGCUCGUCACACUACUUGAUCUGUGCUCUUCCUGCGAAGAUGUGGUGGUGGGGGGAGAGAUCCUUCCCGACGAUUUUCUCGGGAGAUUCGGCGAGGAGAUAGAGACCAACGUGAUCGUCGGCACGGCGCUGGUGAAUCUCUACGCCAAAGCUGGCGAUCUGGAGAGAGCUUGCGGCGUUUUCUCGCGGAUGAAGAACAGGAACGUCGUCACCUGGACGGCGCUCAUCACCGCGCACUGCUGCUGCGAUCGCGACGAGCAAGCGCUGGAGAUCUUCCGGCAAAUGCAGCUGGAGGGAGUUCGUCCCAACGCGGUGGUGUUCGUCAACGUCUUGAACGCCUGCUGCUCCAUGCCCGCCGCGGGAAGAACAGUCCUGGAGCUCGUCCUCGAGUGUGGAGCCGAGCGCGACGCCAUCCUCGGCAACGCCAUCGUCAACAUGCUCGGCAAAUCCGGCCGCCUGGACGAAGCCCGCGAGUUCUUCGAGCGGCUCAAGAGCAGCGCCGCCACCCGCAAGAACUUGGUCCUCUGGAACGGGAUGCUCGCGGCGUACGCGCUCCAGGGCGAGUUCCCAGCGGCCAUGGAGGUGUUCGCCGGUAUGCUGCUCGAGGGUGCCAAGCCCAACAAGGCAACGUACGCCAGCGUCCUCCUCCAUUCCCGCCGAGCUCUCAAGAGCGUCACCUCCCAGCGCCACCUCAAGCUCUUGCGUCUCUGCGCCGAGGAGACCGGGCUCGGAGAAGCCAUCGCCGGGUUGAGCACUCUGGAUCAUGGUUGCGAGCACGAUGAUCGCGGUCGCUCGCCCCGGGACGUUGUUUGGUGGACGGCGCUCAUCGUCGAGUCGGCUGAAGAUGGUCGUUACAGCGACUGCCUGGAGCACUUUGGGACGAUGCAGCUCCACGGCGUCAAGCCCAACGCGGUCACUCUCGCCAACGUUCUCUACGUCCUCGGCCUGGACCGCGGCAAGCUCUUGCACGGCGUGAUGGUCGACAGCGGGGUGGCGGUGGACGUUGGCGUCGGCACUGCUCUCAUGAAUCUCUACGCGCGGUCCAAGCUCCCGGAGCACGGCCACCGGGUGUUCCUGGAGAUGGAGGAGCACACCACCGUCUCCUGGACUGCGAUGAUCGCUUGCUUCGCUCAGAACUCCCGGAACGCCGAGGCGCUGGGACUCUACCGGCGGAUGCAUCUCGAGGGCCACCGCGCCGACGCCAAGACCUUCACCACCAUUUUGCUGGCCUGCUCGAGUUUGAUCGCGCUGCCGGAGGUGAGGAGCAUCCACAGCUGCGUCCACGAGAGUGGCUUCCACAUCAACGACGCCGUGAGCACUACUUUGAUGAGCGCCUACGGCAAAUGCGGCACCCUCGAGGACGCGUCCCGGAUCUUCCUCCACAGCAGCAGCACCAAUCCGCUCAACACCUCCCGCUGGAGCUCGAUGAUCGCCACCUCGGCCAGGCACGGCUGCGCGGCGGAGGCGGUGGCGAUCUUCCACCGGAUGCAGCAGGAGGGAGCUCGGGCCGACGACGUAACUCUGCUGUGCGUCCUCGCGGCUUGCAGCCACGGCGGCAUGACCGCCAAGGCCGUGGAGUUCUUCGUCUCGAUGAUCCACGACUACAAAGUUGGCCGGACGGGCGACCAUUGCUCUUGCAUGGCGGAUCUCCUCGGACGGAAUGGAAGGCUGGAGGAUGCCGAGGAGCUCAUUCGCAAGAUGCCGUUUGAAGCUGCGGCGUCGGUGUGGAUGACGCUGCUGGGGGCUUGUAGAACUCACGGAGAUCUUCCUCGAGCUAAAGAAGCCAGUGACCAAGUAUCCGGUAUCAACCCCGAGCAUGCACAGAGUUACAUAGUGCUCUCCAAUGUCUAUGCGGAGAGUGGAACUAAACAAGACCACAGACUGCUGUACAUGUCGGUCACAGAUCCUGAGCGGCUGGAUGAGUGCCUCAAACGUUUGGCGUUUAGUUCAUGGCAAGGGAUGUCGAAGCAGGAAAUCUGGGACACGCUGAUGCGUUUAGGGGUACCAUUCAAUUAUUUAGCUUCGAAGCACAGUGUUCUUCUGAGCAGGCUGACUGAAAGGCCAGUGGAGAAGCCGCUCCCCUCACUCGAUGAUCCCAAGCCACGCCGCAGCUUGCAGCAAGCGAAGCAGGAGAAGCAGCAGCUGCUGAGUUUCUACAAGCUGCUGGAUGCUUGGAAGCCCAGCCGCUGGAGCAGGAGUAGUCACCGCCUGAAGAAAGCGUACUCAAGCCUGAUGGAUGAGGCUAAGCCUCAGGCUGAGGCAGCCAUGCGGAAGAAGUGCCGUGGCCUGUUGUUAUCUUCACAUGAGCUGCUCGAUGAGGGGAUUCCAGAUGCUGGCGAUCCAACUGACAAUGAAUAG